UGUCCUCAAAAUCCUUCAGAGAUUAUAAGCGUUGGAGAAGAUGGUUAUAUACUUGGAAAAGAUUUACGUUCAGAUGAAUCGCAAUAUGAAAUGUUGCAGGUAACAUCAGAUUCACAGCGUAAAUAUGGGAGAAAACUAAGCCUCUACAGUAUUUCUCAUCAUCCAUAUGCGCCUGAAAUUUGUGUUAGUGGCUGUGAUAAUUUUGUACGUGUGUAUGACAAACGAAAUAUGAAAAAUAAUCCGUUACACAUGAUGUGUCCAGAGCAUUUGCUCGAUUAUGCUAGUAUUCCCUCAGUAACCUGUUGCGUUUAUAAUAACACAGGUACUGAGAUUUUGGCCACCUAUUGCGAUGAGAAUAUAUAUUUGUUUAAUAAUUUGUGCUAUGAAAAAGGAACAUUUCUUCAUUGUUAUAAAGGACACGUUAAUCAGCAGACCAUAAAAGGUGUAAAUUUCUUUGGUCCUAAUUGUGAAUAUAUAAUCAGUGGCAGUGAUUGUGGCAACAUAUAUUACUGGGAUAAAAAUACUGAAGCUAUACUCAAUUUUAUGCCGGGCGAUGUUGGCGGCGUGAUUAACUGUUUGGAACCGCAUCCUUCUGUACCUAUACUGGCAACUUCUGGAUUAGAUGAUAAUAUUAAAAUUUGGACACCUAGUGCUGAAACAUAUCCGCCUGACUUAGCAGAUUUAGAAAAUUGUGUCCUUCGCAAUAUGACACGUAGCACGUUUGAAGAUAUCGACGCCAUAGGAUUCGAUCAUGGACUAUUCCAUUUCUUUAUACGGCACUAUUCCUGUCGUCGUCGUGGCCUUGCUCAUGCUACUCGUAGAGGUGGCAGCAAUGAGCGUCGUAACCGUACAAACGAUGAAGCUUCUACCAGCACUAAUGAUACCAGUUCAGAUAAUCAAAAUGGGGACAGCGAUGAUGUACGCGUUCAUGGCACGACCUGCGGUACACAAUAAAUUUUUCUUUUUAUUUCUCAUGAUGCUGAAGUUAAAUAAUAUUUACGUUGUAUUUACUUUUUUAUGAAUUUUGAUUGCUUUUGUGAUCACUCUUUUUAUACCCACUACUAAUCCAUUAUAGAUAUAUCGGAGUUCACACACAAUGGAUACAUAAUCUUAAAACUCGUCUGUCCGCUUUUAAUUCAAUUGGUAAUAAUUAAAUUGGAGAGCUAGAAAUUAUCAACAUUAUUCCCGUUGCUUAGAAAACAAUUCGAUUCCAUUGAUAAUUGCGAAAAAUAAAAAGAAAAAAAAACUACCUCGUAAAGAAGAAUUCGCAAAUGAAGUAUUAAGUUAAAAUUCAGCAACAAUAUUCAGGAAUAUGUGGUUUUUCAAUGUACUUCACUUGUAAUGCAUAUUCAAUAUAUAUUGCACUCUGAACGGAAAGUAUUCCGAAAUCGUCAUAAUCUUUUUCACUUCUUUCAUUCCGUUUU